GACGGCAUUCAGGUGAGCCUCAUCCUUUUUUGUUUUUCACCCAUAAUACUAACGACAAGUACUUUCAUUGAUGAUACUAACUAUUUGACUACUCUUUCCAAGCAGCCCUCGUUCCUUUGUAGCGUAUUGUCGGUGAAGGAGAUCCUGACCCUUACUAAACCAACCUUCGAGAAGCUGUUUCGAGAUUCCGGGAGUGUGGGUGCUUCAAUAGGAGUCCUGCGCCAUAGGCAACAAUACUUCCUCAAUGUGGGGGCCAAGGGUCUAGGAGUACCCGCGCUUCCGGACCAGGAAACUGUCUACCUUAUCUCAUCUAUGUCGAAGCCAAUCAUUUCUACGGCAAUGGGCAUUCUGAUGGAUGACUUUCCGAAGUACCAGCUCAAAUUCGAUACCCCAGUCUCAACAAUCCUGCCGGAACUCAAAGGCAGUCCCGGUAUACUAAAGAUAUACACCAAUCAGGAGCUUACUAUUGCCGACCUAUUGGACCUCCGCUCCUCAUUCCAAUGGCUGACGAAUCUUUGGGAGAGCCCCGAUGGCGAUAUACCAUGGCAGACAAUAGAUCCCGUCGUAUCACUACUCCAGCAUCUCCCAGCCAACGAUACCUAUACGUCUGAGAAGGCCUUUGUCUACAAGCGGAAUUACUCUAACGAAUGUUUUGCCUUAUUAACUACAAUCAUUGAGAGAAAGAUUGGGUAUUCCUGGGCGGAAUUCGUCCGCAAAGAGGUUUUGGAGCCACUUCGAAUGCAUAACACCUUUGUCGGGUUGACAGAGGCUGAGAGAAAUGACAUGUCGAAGACCUUUGCCAAGUCGCAUUCGGUUCAAGUAACGGGUAUCCUAUUUAAUCUCCAACAAUGUACAGAUGCAGACGGGGUAAUCUCUAGGACGAAGGUCGCAGAAUGCUUCGACAGACACUACGGCCACAUUCCACAAUCCGUCGAGAUUCCCCCAUCCCAAGAUUCAAGUGCCGGUCAUGCAGGGCCGUCACCACUCGCCGCGGCAGUAGGUAUCACGUCCACCACCUCCGACCUUCUCAAGUUCUAUAGCAAGAUUAUGGAUGUCUACAACCAAAGACGAGAGGAGCGGGAUAGCAAACUACUUCUAUAUCCGGACUACCUCAAUACGCCUCCCGAACGCGGCAUAAACUAUCUCUUCGGUCAUAUAGAGAACAGACUCUCCCCUAAUCCACUCAACAGCACAUGCACUUAUACUAGCGGUUGGAAUACCGUCACCGUGCCAAUGACCCCCGAAGAGCGGAACGCCUUACCCAGACUACGAUGGCCAGGCGCAGACGGUGACAACGCCAGACGAUUAGAGAGUGCUAUCCAGAGCAAGAUCCACGGCGAUGAUUUGGAUUACUCCUUCUUCGUCACCAAGCCCGAAUCUUACGUCGCCGACAUCAACGCCGAAACCGAAAAACCCCCGCUCACCGACCCAAGCGAGAGCAAGAAACACCUCGCCUUAUACCACGGCGGCAACAUGGUCGGCGCCACGUCUUUCUGCUGGCUACUUCCCGACCACGAAACAGCUAUAGUGGUGCUCUGCAAUACGCGAGGGUUCUUGCUCGACGCUGCGAACCUGAGCGGGAUGUUGUUGGCUGAGUGUCUUUAUCUCGCUGAGUCAAAUGCCCAUCAUAACACGGGAUCUGUUGUUGACGCUAUAAAGAGAGCCUGUGAAGACACGAAAAAGAUGGCCAGGGCGAUACAAAUUGACUAUCUGUAUGACUUGGCGAGGUACGAAAACUUACUUGAAUUACGGUUUCGUAACCUGGACCCAGCUUCAAACGGAAGAGAUAUAGCGGGCUUAGAGGGGAGGUACGAACUUACAAACGACGUCUUCAUCACUAUAACCGCUGAGCAAAGGGGUCUAAUCUUGCGUCUCUACGGUACCGGAUACGGGUACUUACUCCGCGAGCUGCGCGAAGACAAGAACCCAUCAGAACAAACAGGGUCAGAAAAGACAAUGACAUUCGCCCAACCCAUAGCGGAGCUGAUACCGACCGGAGUUGGAGGGACAAACAGAUUGAAGGUGGAGGAUUUUGUAAUAGUGUUCAAGAGGGCGAAGGCGGGUAGUAUAGAGUGGGAGGGGUUUGAAUGGAAUUUUGCGAGGGAUAAGACGCUACGGGAACGAAGAGGGGACGCAAACCCGUACGUUUGGCGCCGGGUCAAGGAGAAAGGGGCUUAGAGUAAUAAGGUAGGUUGGUUGUAUUACAGAAUGUGGACGUGGGUACCUCUAAUUACGUUAUAUGAGUACCU